AUGCACUCACACAGCCAGCAUCCGAUAAACCGGCAGCCCGCAAGUUUAUACCUGGUGAAACAGGAUUUACCAUCCCAUGAGAGUGCAGGGGAAAGUCGCCUUCGCCCUCACGCAUCACGAGGAAGAGGGAAGCCUUUAGCCGCAGCAGCGAUUGUCUUGGCCGUUCUUAUUCGCGGGUGGUACUGCGUGAUGGCAAAACCCACUCUGCCUCCAGCUGGGGGAGGUCGCAUUUUGCCAGGAAGCAUAAGCAACGAUACGGAAGACAGCAUAGGAUCGGGCGAAGAGGCAGGGCAGACACAGAAGCUUGGUCCGGAUACAAACCAGCCGACACCCCCGGUUGUUCCGGAGAAGAAGAUUUACGAAAUGAAGUUGGAGCCCCAAGAGUACGAGCGGCCUAAAACCGCAGAUAUCGACUGGAUGCGAGUUUGGAUGGAGGAGAGCACCAGCGGUCAAGGUAGCAUAGGUGGUUAUGAGCCGCCGGAGACAUUCCUUAACUCAAAAACCCGCCAGAUGUUUGAGAAGAUAGUUGGCCUUGGAGUUUUGCGACUGUGGGUUCAUAUAAUUUGGCGUGCUUCACAGGAGCCAUGGCUCACCGAAGAGGAGCUGGAAAUGCACCCGCUGGGAGGACUCAGAAAGCAGUUUUCUCCACUCGCUGCGGAGUUUGUCGAAGACGCCAUAAGGGAUCUGACUAAAUCGCCACACGCUUUUGUCGGGUACAACCCAUACAAAGAAGUCGACCUUGACGGCUAUGGGAAAAUUUUGAUCCAGCGUAAGCUCGCCGCGGACGAAGCUGCAGAAGAGAUUGAAACGGCAUUGAGAACUGGGAGAGGGGUACUAGUGUGCCACUUACCAACAGUGGACAUUGCAGCUGUUUUAAACCAACCGGAUGGGAUUGAUGAACCUGUACCUAUAUUGGAUGAGGAAUUCGGCGAAUUAGAUUUAUUUCGUCAGAAGCUGGAAGAAACGAUGGAGGUGUUCGUGGAACAUACUGUUCAGCGUUCAGAUAAUUACAAGGUUAUUCGGAUAACACAGAGCCCGGGAGUGCGAAGAACAACAGUUGUUUCCUUAUAUGGGAAAGCGAAGUAG